AUGCAUGAGAUCUUUCUCACGUCCACCAUCAAAGAUGCCGACCUUGAAAAGGCAUGUGCAGUUCUGCAGGGCCUGAGCUGGAUGUCAGCUCGCCGCAAUGUCUACCGCGUGUCCUAUUUUGCUGGGCCAUCCAGGCCAAAAGGCUUGCCUGCCAUCAAGUCCAUACAGGCCACACAACGCCACGGCCUUGCCUGGACAGAGCUACACAAGGAGCUCAGCCGUCUGUCCCAUGUCUUCAAGGUAGUGCACGAAGUCCUCCUGGACAGGGACUUUGGUUCUGGCGUUAAUGUGGACUUGAAUGCCGUGGCAGGUACGGUGCGCUGGGAAGGCUUCCCCGAUCCACCAAGAGAAAAGGGCCAGUUGACGACACAUCGCAAAAAGAUUGACAUUCCAGAGCAGAAACAACUGCUUGCUACCAUGGCGAGUAACGGGCAAUCGUAUCAGACAGAGCUUGUUCAGGAGACAUAUACCUUCAUCAGGGACAAUGUCGAGUUUGUCCUGAGCAGACACUACUACAUACCGCCGUCGCCUGAACAGCCAGGGCCAACGCCAGCUCUUCCGGCGUGGUCGAAUCUCACACCAGUAGAUCCGGCCAAGAAAUGGAUGUUCCAGGUCAAGCGGGACGUGAUCGAGGACAACAACCCCGAGAAGAUGAGGCAAGCACAGAAGGAGCUCUUGGACGUGAAAACUGAGCUCGAACCCAUCUUCACGUUUGUGCCCAUCGACAGACGUGUUCUUGAUCCGCGGAUCCCAUUACCGCCCACUGUUCCGGGUCAACACCCAUAA